CGCGGAUUUCCGCAUGCAUCGUGUAAUUUAUCCCAGCACUGGGCCCGUGCACAGUGAGAAAGGGCCCGAUUUCUCUGACAGGUGCGGCAUGCUGGAGUCCAACAUGUUGCCCGGACGAUGCUGCGCUCCACAGUCCGCGCUCUCCUGCCUGUGUACCGCACGCACGCUGGCCCCCUGCAUCUGAACGAGCUGGGAGCGGAAGACCUCAAGACAAGACAGGGCGACGAGGCGCGCCGCUCUGCGCCCGUCUCCAUGUGGCGGGAGGCGAUGCGGGGGAGACCCUACCUGCUGGAUAGAAGCGAGGGCACCACGGGGAAGCCCAAGUCCACGGACUGGCUGUACGAGUCCUACUACUGCAUGAGCCAGCAGCACCCGCUGAUUGUGUUUCUGUUGCUCAUCGUGAUGGGAGCCUGCCUGGCGCUGCUGGCUGUCUUUUUUGCGUCUGGACUGGAUAUUGAAGACCACGUCGCAUUCGUAAUCACCGUUCCCACCGCACUGGCCAUUUUUCUGACCAUCUUCAUCCUGGUCUGCGUUGAGUCUAUCUUCAAGAAACUGCUACGUGUUUUCUCCUUGGUGAUCUGGGCCUGCCUGGUUGCCAUGGGUUACCUCUUUAUGUUUUUUGGAGGCGUCAUCUGUCCCUGGGACCAGGUGUCCUUCUUCCUCUUCAUCAUCUUCGUGGUCUACACCAUGCUCCCGUUUUCCAUGCGUGAUGCCAUCAUUGCCAGUGCGCUCACCUCGUCUUCCCACACCGUGGUGCUCAGCGUGUGCCUGUCCGUCACCGCCGAAAAGAUGGAGUCCUCUUUGUGGCAGAUCCUGGCUAACAUAAUCAUCUUCAUAUGUGGCAACAUGGCGGGAGCAUAUCACAAACAUUUGAUGGAACUGGCUCUCAAACAGACGUACCAGGACACCUGCAACUGCAUUAAAUCCCCCAUCAAGCUUGAGUUUCAGAAACGUCAACAGGAACGGCUUUUGCUCUCGUUGCUGCCAGCACACAUCGCAAGGGUGAUGAAAGCGGAGAUCAUUCAAAGGCUUCAAGGCCCUAAUUUAGGGCAGGUGGAGAACACCAACAACUUUCACAAUCUUUAUGUUCAGCGGCACACAAAUGUCAGUAUUUUGUAUGCCGACAUCGUUGGAUUUACUCGCCUGGCCAGUGACUGCUCGCCCGGGGAGCUCGUCCAUAUGCUCAAUGAACUCUUUGGCAAGUUUGAUCAGAUCGCCAAGGAAAACGAAUGUAUGAGGAUCAAAAUUCUUGGGGACUGUUAUUACUGUGUAUCAGGCCUGCCGGAGUCGCUGCCAAACCACGCCAAAAAUUGUGUGAAAAUGGGUCUGGAUAUGUGUGAAGCCAUUAAGAAAGUGAGGGAUGCCACUGGAGUCGACAUUAAUAUGAGGGUUGGAGUACACUCCGGAAAUGUCUUGUGUGGGGUUAUCGGUCUCCAGAAAUGGCAGUAUGACGUUUGGUCACAUGACGUGACUUUAGCCAACCACAUGGAGGCUGGCGGUGUACCUGGACGUGUCCACAUCACGUCAGUCACGCUUGAGCAUUUGAACGGGGCCUACAAAGUGGAGGAGGGGGAUGGGCAGGACCGAGACCCCUACCUGAAGGAGCACCACGUCAUAACGUACCUUGUUAUAAACCCGAAGGCGGAGAGGCGGAGCCCCCAGCUGCACUACCGACCCCGACACACGCUGGAUGGCGCCAAGAUGAGGGCCUCCGUCCGGAUGACCCGCUACCUGGAGUCCUGGGGGGCCGCCAAGCCGUUCGCCAACCUUCACCACCGCGACAGCAUGACCAAUGAGAACGGCAAGAUCAACACCGCGGAUGUGCCACUGGGUCAGUAUCACUUCCAGAGGCGUUCAGAAAGAACUAAAUCCCAGAAGAAGAGAUUUGAGGAGGAACUGAAUGAGCGGAUGAUACGUACCAUUGACGGCAUUAAUUCCCAAAAACAGUGGUUAAAAUCUGAAGAUAUUCAGAGGGUCUCGUUGUUUUUUCACAAUAAGGCCCUGGAGAAGGAGUACAGGGCCACCACCCUGCCGGCAUUUAAGUAUUAUGUAGCCUGUGCCUGCUUCAUCUUCUUCUGCAUCUUCAUCGUGCAGAUUCUCGUACUGCCGAAGACCGCGAUGCUGGGAGUUUCCUUCGGGAUGGCAUUCUUCUUGCUCUCCUUGAUCCUCUUACUCUGUUUUAUGGGUCAUCUCCUGCAAUGCAACAAAUCUGGAUCUACAUCCUGGCUCUGGGUCCUGAGAUCAUCCGGAAUCAUCGCUAGCAAGCCGUGGCCACGGAUCACACUCACUAUGACCACCACAGCCCUCAUAUUAAUAAUGGCUGUCUUCAACAUGUUCUUCUUCGAAGACAGCAUGACCCCCCCAGUUUCAGUCCAUAAUAUAUCAAACGACACUCUGUACCACACCAGCGGUCAGCAAAUACACAUAAUGGAGAAGAACAGUUUCUACCUUCCUUAUUUUAUCUAUAGCUGCAUCCUGGGGCUGAUAUCUUGCUCCGUGUUCCUGAGGAUCCACUACGAGUUUAAGAUGCUGAUGAUGCUGACUGCGGUGGUGGGUUACAACAUCAUCUUCCUGCAGACGCAUUCGCCCGCCCUGGACGAGUACAGCAAGUUCCUCUACAAGGCAGACAUCUUAGAACGCCCGGGGGUUCUUAAGGACCUGAAGACGAUGGGUUCCGUCUCCCUUUUUAUAUUCUUCAUCACUCUCCUGGUUCUGGCCAGACAGAAUGAAUAUUACUGUAGGUUAGACUUCCUGUGGAAGAACAAGUUCAAGAAGGAGUGCGAGGAGAUCGAGACCAUGGAGAACCUGAAUCGCGUGCUGCUGGAGAACGUCCUGCCGGCCCAUGUGGCGGAACACUUCCUGGCCCGGAACUGGAAGAAUGAGGAUCUGUACCACCAGUCCUACGACUUGGUCUGCGUCAUGUUUGCCUCCAUUCCCGACUUCAAGGAGUUUUACACGGAAUCCGAUGUCAAUAAGGAGGGCCUGGAAUGCCUCCGACUUCUCAAUGAGAUCAUCGCGGAUUUCGAUGAGUUACUCUCAAAGCCCAAAUUCAGUGGCGUGGAGAAGAUCAAAACUAUAGGCAGCACUUACAUGGCGGCCACUGGGCUAAAUGCAACGCCGGGACCUGAGUACACCCAGGAGCAUGAUAGACAGUACAUGCACAUCGGCACCAUGGUGGAGUUCGGCUUUGCCCUGAUGGGAAAGCUCGACGUCAUCAACAAACAUUCCUUCAAUGAUUUCAAGCUCCGAGUCGGCAUCAAUCAUGGCCCCGUGAUCGCUGGGGUGAUUGGAGCUCAAAAGCCACAAUACGACAUCUGGGGAAACACAGUGAAUGUCGCCAGCCGGAUGGACAGUACCGGAGUGCUGGGAAAAAUACAGGUCACAGAGGAGACGAGUCGAGUCUUGCUGACCCUGGGAUACAUCUGCUCGUGCAGAGGGAUUAUCAAUGUGAAGGGCAAGGGAGAGCUGAAGACCUACUUCAUCCACACGGAGAUGACAAGGUCCCUCUCACAGGGGAACGUCAUGCCAUAAACACGGCGAUGGAAACCAGCCAGAAUGUGAGGCGCCCGCGAUCACUGACAUCUGUAAAUAUCUCCGGUUCAUCCUUAGAUGCACGAAACCUUGGAUGUAUUUACAUAUGGUACCAGUCUUGCAACAUCUCAUCAGCAGAGGCUACAUGUUGGGUACAGUGGGUAGAGGAGACUGACGUUUUGUAAGAAAAUGAAUGAAAGAAAAAAAAACAAAAGCGUUUUGAUGUUUUAAUGUCCUUGUUUUGUAUAAUAUGUUCAUUAAAGGUUUGUAUGCAA